GGGACCAUUAGUGCAAGAAAGAAAAAAUUAAUUGGGACAAACGUUUAAACAACUUAGUAGCAGGAAAUUCAGGCAAAUCACGGAUUUGCAAGAGUCAAAACCCGGGCAAAGGAUGACAGGAAGAUGGAAAAGGGAAAUGGAGUUGAUCCCUUUGGCCUUUCAAGCAUGCCUUCUCUUCUGGGCAAUGAGUUCUGCUGUUGCUUUAGAACCUCAGAUGGGUUCUGCUCGUGUUGUAUUUCAGACGAAUUAUGGUGAUAUUGAAUUUGGCUUCUAUCCAACUGUUGCCCCAAGGACGGUUGAACAUAUAUUCAAGCUUGUUAGACUGGGAUGCUAUAACACCAAUCACUUUUUUAGGGUUGACAAGGGAUUUGUGGCCCAAGUGGCAGAUGUUGCUGGAGGGAGAAGUGCUCCAAUGAAUGAGCUGCAAAGGACAGAAGCUGAAAAAACUCUCAAGGGUGAAUUUAGUGAUGUCAAGCAUGUAAGAGGAAUUCUAUCUAUGGGAAGGUACUCUGACCCAGACAGUGCUCAAUCUUCAUUCUCAAUACUUCUUGGAGAUGCACCUCAUCUUGAUGGACAAUAUGCAGUAUUCGGAAAAGUCACCAAGGGUGAUGAAACAUUAAAGAAAUUAGAGGAACUCCCUACUCGCCGUGAAGGGAUUUUCGUUAUGCCAACUGAACGGAUUACCAUUUUGUCAUCAUAUUAUUACGACACCGAGAUGGAAACAUGUGAACAAGAUAGAUCUGUUUUGAAAAGGAGGCUUGCAGUGUCUGCUAUUGAAAUUGAAAAACAGAGAAUGAAAUGCUUCCCUUAAAGUAUGUACGAAAGAUCACGACAGGAUCAUUAUAUUUUCUGUAAGUUCUCUAGUCCAGUAACUGGCCAAUGAGAGAUUAAUUUAGUACUAAUUUAUGAAUCUGCGAAGUUUGUACUCUCAUUCUAAGAUGCUUCAAGAUUUUACUCAAAUUGAAAGUGUUACAUGUGUGUUUAUUUCUAAAGCUUGGGUGGGGUUUUUUGAAUUUGAACUGACAUGCAUUCAAUAUAGUGGACACAACUUGUCAACAAGUCUUCCCCUGGUGAGUUCUUUACUAUUCUUACACUGACAUGUUCAGGUGUAACACAUGCUUUGCAGACAUGAAAAGAACAAAAUCUGUUAAGUGGCUGCAGUAUAAAAUUUUAUAAUAUCACUUAAUAUCACAUGAUAUAUGCUCAUGGAUAUUGAUACUUAUUGAGAAAAUCUCGGUGGCAUUCAAUAGGAACUGAUGGGACAUUCAACUAUUGGCCAAGUUUAUAACACAUUUAUUAUCAUCAUAUUGACCACCAAUAAGUGAAUGCCACAUGCACUACAGAAAGUCACUGAGAUAAUGUCACUGUAUGGUAUCGUUACUCUUCCUGAUUACGUUUAAAGCAUCAUGUCUCCGUGGCUCAUUUGGUUUUACUGAUAAUGGUUUGUCAAAUUUUGUCUUUCUCCCCUUGCUUGGUUCUAAUAGUUGUGGGGUGAGGUAUUUCUACAGUGACAACUGCAAGCCCCGGAAUUGACUUGUAGUUUUGUUUACUGUCUCAAACAUAAUGGGUCAAGCCAUCUGUCAUUGCUUUAGUUGUGUUUGAUAGAGGUGAAAGACUAUCUUACACUAAUGUGAAUAUGUCUGUCAGAUCUUAUAUCAUGAAGAUAAUAGUGGAUUCUCUGUUUAUUAUAGUCAUUGCUCCUGGUACCUCAUGUCUAGAUUUUGUCUGACCAGUAUCUCGCAAACUUUGUGACAUUUGUAAAAUUAGCGACCUAUGGGGUCUGCUUCUGACGGUUUAGUUUCAAGGUUAUCUUAAUGAAAUCUGAACAUGGGUCGAAUCAAAUGAAAAUUUGAAUGCUUCAAUAUGUGAUCCUGAUCUAACGUUAACAGAUUGCUCCUUUUGGAAGAUAUGCUUGUCAUAUUUCUUUUUCUUCGUAUUUUUCGUUUUGGUGUUUUAAUGAAAAAUGCUUUUCAUUCUACAAUUUGGACUUGAAAGAGAUCCAUCAUGGUAACAGCAGCCAAAUGUCUUUGUCAAAUAGAGCCUUCUUGAAUUUUACAAUCCCUUGUUCAGACUACAAAAGAUGCUUGUGUCAUUAGUCGUCAGCCUUGACUACUCCCGGAUUAUGAUAGAUUGAGCUUAGUAGAGGUAUUUUAGAUAAUCAGUUCAACAUAUUACAAAAUGAAGAUAACUACCAAGUACGGUAAUAUAAGGAAUUUUACUUCGCACUAGGAAGGGAAUGUGGUUUUGUGUGUAAUAUUAGCAUCUAUAGGGCUCUCUGGUUGUUGUCCAACCCCAACUUGAAAGGACAAUGUUCAGAAAUUUUCUUGAUGCUCUAGUCUCUUGUCUUCUAGGACGAAAGAAAUGGGAGCCAUCAUGAUAUGGACAAUGGAGGAGAUGCAGUCAAGGAGUCAGGACAAGAUGAAGCAUCAUGUAAAUCCGUAAAUCAGUAGACAGCCUUGGAGCUGUCUGACUUUGAACAAUUAAAAGUUCCAUUAAAUACAACUAACUAUACAGGGCCGGCCGGGUAUAUGGAUCAUAUGUUCCAUCGUGCUCCGUCUAAACACUAAAAGUGCCAGUUCACCGUUUCAAUUAGAUUGAAUUACUACUUGUUUACUUGUAUCAUUUUCUAUAUCUGUCCUUUAAAAUGCCAUGGAAUCUCUUACUGAAGCUAAAUUUGAACUGAAUGGAGUUCCGUGAUUUGGUUUGAAGAGAGAAGUCUAGUGCGGGUUCAUGGUCAAGAGGAAACUUCUUCUUGUUUCGAAAAGUGACCGCAGUACAUUUGCGCAACUUGCUUAGUACUGUAACCAUUCCUUUUUUUUUAAAUCAUAGAAGAUCUGAGAUCUUGGACCUUAUCUCUUUUACCACCUCCUAGAAUCUAAUACUACUACCAGGGACCGUUUUCGGUGCGCGUGAUUGGUCUUAAAAGUAGUUUGUUUGUUUCCUUUCUGUUUCUGUUCACGUUAACUGUAAGCUGAGAAAUCCGGCUUCUAUGUUGUUUGGAGUCCC